GUCACGUGUGUACACACUGUAGGGCUCAGCAGCACUCCCGCAGUAGUAAAGUCUGCGACGGACUGCCCCUUUUCAGAACAAGCCUCGUCCCAAAAGUUGAGAGAUAAAGUGAGUCUCCAGCGUUACGCACUGAAACGCGUCCUUUGCCGUUUUUAGGCUUUAAGAGCGCGUGGAGAGCUGAAGUGAGUAUCUCAGGACAUGUUUGUGAAAUGAAACGACUGAGAAAUGCCAGUGGAAAUGCUACAUCCAAACCCAAUGCCUCCGUAGGUUUGUCACCGAGCCAAAUAUAUACGUUUCUGUGGAGCUGUUAGAGACGUGCUCUGUGUCCCAGCGAUGUGGCUCUGCAUGGUUUACAAUGAGACGGACACCAGCGUGGACUUCCGGCUCUGCCAGGACUUCGGCCUCAUCCUGUCGGUCUUCUCUCUCAUCUACCUCCUGGUGUGCUUCCCUUUGGGGCUGUGCUACAAUGUGCUGCUGAUCGUGGUCAACCUCUCCAACAAGGUCUCCAUGACCAUGCCGGAUGUUUAUUUCGUCAACAUGGCCAUCGCGGGGCUCGUGCUCAACCUGGUGGCGCCCGUGGAGCUGCUGAGCUCCACCUUCACCCGCUGGCACGCGUGGGAGUACAACAACGAGGUGUACAUCACCCUGCUCAUCCUCUUCAACAUCUCCUCCCUGGUCAUCAUGUAUUCCACCACGCUGCUCAGCCUGGACUACUAUAUCGAGCGGGCGCUGCCUCGCACCUACAUGUCCAGCGUGUACAACACCAAACACGUGUGCGGGUUCAUCUGGGGCGGCGCGGUGCUCACCAGCUUCUCCUCGCUGCUCUUCUAUGUGUGCAACCACAUCUCCACUAAGAUGGUCGAGUGCUCCAAAAUGCAGAACAAGGAGGCGGCGGACGCCAUCAUGAUGUUCAUCGGCUACGUGGUUCCAGCCGUGGCCGUUCUGUACGCCUUCGUUCUCAUUUUGCGCAUUCGGAAGGAGUCGACGCCUCUGGACCAGGACUCUGCUCGACUGGACCCUUCCAUCCACAGACUGCUGCUCGCCUCGGUCUGCGUGCAGUUUGUCCUGUGGACCCCGUACUACUUGACCCUGCUGGUGCACACGGUGGCCGGUGCACCGGGGUACAUUAGCAACGCACAUUACCUGCCCACGUAUUAUUUCUUGCGAUGCGUGUCUAAACUGAUGGCUUUCGCGAGCAGCUUCGCGAUGCCUCUCAUGUACAGGCAGAUGAACAAAAACUUCUCCAACAAGCUUCAGAGGCUGCUCAGGAGGCAAGUGGUGACGUGAGAUCUCCCCCCCCCCCCCCCCCUACUCCCCACUCCCCCUCCCCCUUUUUCAAGCUCUUCGCGUAGCCGGCACUUAUCUC